AUGGAGUUCUUGAAUGACGGCCACCAACAAGGUUCCUGGUGUUUCCGGAUCAUUAAUCUCCUGCCUCCUUUGACCAUACAUUUACUGUCCGCAAGUGCCCUAAGCUAUGUCCACGACAAACCGAACACUCGCGCACUGGGGCCGGAUUUUGCCUCGGUUAUAUUUCUGAUCGCCACCAGCCUGGCCGUCAGCCGUGUCAUGGAGAAGAAUAGCGGAGGCAAGGUUGGAGAUGGGGAAUCCGAAGCAAUUGCUAAGUUGGUUUGGUGACUAUCUUGCUUGUUACAGGUUCUCUGUAACAUCAUUUUUUGCGAUUUAUCCCUGCGGUUGAUAUGGAUACCGAUCCAGUACGGUUUGUGGUGGAUUUGCAAGAAGAAAAUAUUGGCGUUGGUUGUAAAAGGACUUUUGUUUGCGAUAAAAGACUUGUCAAGCACGCGUGCACUCUAUUUAAGAUUGGUGAAGGCUUCUGGCUCUGUGCAUGGAUUUACUUUGCUACGUUUCCUGUCGGCUGUUGCGAUACUGAACAUUGUGAUUGCCAGGGUUAAAAAUCGUCCCGAAACCAACCGCAGGCCAUGA